UACGCUCGCUUCAAGUGCCUUUUUUUAGCCAGAAAAACUUUUUGUAAUCUGAAAUAAUGUGCGUGAAUAAGAAAUAGUUACAAUCUAAUAUAACAGAUCAUUGACCGUUAAGUGGAACAUUUUAGUCAGUUUCAGUAUUACUUAUAAUAAGUGGAGUGGAAGCCGAGUGCGGGAAUAAUUAGAUAACAGGCCAGAAUUUGGACCAUUCUUGGGGUGUGACUGGUCCAGUGUGGUGACAUCGCAGGAAUGGACCAAGGCCCUCCGGAUGCUCUCCAGCCCCUCUUGAACCAGCUCACAGAAUAUCUGGCUCUGGAGCUCAAGUUCAAGCCUAACCUCCAACUUCCUCUUUGUAGUCCUGGAGGGGAUGUGACUGUUGGUAUCAGGGACGGUACAGCCCAUGUGCUGAGGUGCCUCAAGAUCUGGUAUGACAUGCCUUCUGAAGUGCUCUUCGUAGCAGUCAAUUUAGUGGACCGUUUUCUCUCUAAAAUGAAGGCUCAUCCCAAGCACAUGGCCUGUAUCGCAAUCGCGUCAUUCCAACUGGCGGCGGAGAUGGUGUGUCGAGGGAAAGUGGGCUGUCCACAGGUACCUCAGGCUAUCGAGGUGGCCGCGAUCUCACAGUGCAAAUGUACUAAUGGUGACCUCCAGCGUAUGCAGGGCAUCAUCACCUCCAAGCUUGGUUCCCAGGAUGGUUCUCUACCAAUCACAGCUGUGGAUUUCCUGAAGGUCUUUCAUACUCUCUUCCUUGCUGUCGAUGAAGGAAACGUUUAUUCCACAAUGGUGGAAGGGAGUGAAUUAUGCCAUAAGCUGGAAAUCGUGGCUUGUGAUGCUGCAGUGAGCAAUUUCCGUCCGUGCGAAGUGGCCUUGGUGGUGAUCUGCGUGCAGAUGGAUGCUGGAGUCUCUCGACUCACUCACAGGCCUGCCCAUGAACACGUCUCCGCUGUUGUCAAUUUUGCAACUCAUCUCCAGAAACAUUGCAAGAUUGAUGAAUUCAGUUUUUACGAGUGCCAUGAAGCUGUUCUAAUGAUCAUCGGUCGAUACAACUCCCAGCAACAAACACCCAAUCGCCAACGCCUUGUAUGGAAAUUGUCUCACAGAACUCUACGAUACUUGCGACCGACUGACAGGCUUGUGAAAACGCUGCCGACAAUAAACGAACACGCUUUGACCCGUUCCGACAGUACCAGCUCCGAGGACAGCUGGGUGGAGGAAGAGUGGCCAGUCAAUUCUGUUUAAGUUAAGCAUGAAUCUUGAAUCUAAAAAAAAAUUACAAAAGUAUUAUAAAGUACAAAAAAAACUAAUUGCCAUGAAAAAGUAAAAAAAAAAAAAAUACUUAAGAAUUAACAUUAAUGUAGUGAAUUAAAUAACAGAGCUUUUCAUUAAAGAAACAAUUUCAAUUAUUGUUUUGUAUUUGCUAGUUUUAUUGAAAUGAAAUAUUUUUGUGUGGUGUGAGUGUUGCCAAAGGUGUACAACUUAUGAUGUGGUUGUUUCUAUAAUGAUAAGUUCAUUAUUUCCUUUUUUGGCUCUUGAACAAAUUGUCCGUUUGAAUUAUGAUCACUAUUAUAAUCUUGAAAUGAUGAUGUUUUUAAAAUAAACUCACUUUAGAAUUGCAUGCAAGUUAUUAUCAGUUAGCUUUUCAUUCAAAAUUUUUCUUCAAUAAAGGGUUUUUUUUCUCUCAUUGAAGAUCCAAGGGACCAAACAUUCAGCCAGAUUACAACUAUAUGGUUGAUUGAAAUUGGGGUGGUUUUACACUGGAUACAUAGUAAAACACGCUGGAUACAAGAACGAACGUUUUACUUAAGAUGUAAGCUGUCCAAAUCAUUUAAUUUUACUUGGCUGUUAUCUACUUAUUUCUUUACAGUGCUAAUUUUACUAGUCACUCCUGCUGUUACCACCAUUUGGUAAAAUGUGGCAUUACUAGAGUUUUAGUCUACAUAAUCUAUUUGCUUUAUUCUAUGUCUAUGUUCCUUGUCUCUUGAAUUUUAUAUUGUUUUUCGUUCCACCAUACGUAAUGAAGAUUAGUGUAAUUGCAUGUUAAUAAUACCUUCUCAAUGAGGAAAUUGUAUUGUUCUCUUUGAUAAAGUAUGCUGUCAGGGUGUCAGAUGACGCAGGCUUAACAGUAUAGUAUAAAACAUUACUGCUUUGCUGAGUAUGAAAUAUGAAGUUGAAAAUACAUUGUAAACAUAAAAUUCUAUAUUUAGAACUUAGGUCUUAAUAUUGGAUUUGAAAACAUGCAUGAGUUUUGUAAACGAUCAUAGCACAAAACAUUUUUUGAUAGUAUGAAUGAUAUGUAACGAAAUUUGUUUUUAAAUAAAUAGUUUUAGUUCUAAUGAGAAACAUGGUCUCCAUAACAUCUUUGGAGCAUAACUGGAACUAAAAUUAAAUGCAUAUAUAAAAGUUACGGUGACCUUUGUGGUAUUAGUAUUUUAUACAUGAUUGAAUUUAUUUUAAAGUAAUUUUAAUGCUAUUUUAUAUAUAUGGAGAAAAUUUAUUUUUAAGAUAUGAUUACUGUACAUCACACAAUAUGUACAAACACCUGAUCUCUUCUAAUGGCCCUGUCACAAUGAAAUUUAUUUUAUUGGUCCAUUUUGUGUAAAUAAUUGAUUAUAAAUUAUUGUUUUAUCGACAAAUUUUAUGUAAGUGUAAUUUUGUUAGAUGUCCAGAGUGUAAACAGCAGUUGAAAUUUGUACAGAUUUAUUUAUUGAUAAUUGUAAAUAAGCUUUAAAUUUGUUUGAUGUAAUUACUGUGAUGUCAUUUCAGAUUAUAGAAAGAGUAAUGUAGAUUAUGUAUUAAAUGUUUUCACACUGAAUCCAGUCUGCGCACUGUUUAAAUGUCGUUUACUAUUGUUAAUGAUUAAAGAGUAAGUUAAUGUCAUUUUA